GGUCCCUAUAUAUAGCCGGCUUGGGACUCCAAACAAUCAUAGUUCAAAUUUGCAUCGCAUCCAGAACGAAGCUCCAAAUCGUCAAAAUGAAAUUUUUCAUUGUUGCCCUGGCCCUACUUGCCGUCGUUGCUGCCGAUGAAGACAAGUACACCAGCAAGUAUGACAGCGUCGAUAUCGAUGAGAUCCUGCGUUCGGAACGUCUGUUCAAGAACUACUUCGCCUGCUUGAUGGACACCGGUGCCUGUACCCCCGAUGUCAACGAACUGAAGCGUGUCCUGCCGGAAGCUCUGGAGAACGACUGCGCCAAGUGUAGCGAGAAGCAGCAAGCCGACAGCACCAAAACCAUCAAGUACCUGACCGAGAACAAGCCGGAGGAAUGGAAGGCUCUGAAGGCCAAGUACGACCCGAACCACAAAUACGUCGAGAAGUACGCCGCUGAUGCCGAUAAGGAUGGUAUCAAGCUGUAAGCUGUAAUAGACCCUGCGGAUUGGACUUACAUAGUAUUUGGUGAAUGGACAACGUGCUUUGACAAUGGCUAUGAUGAUGUUUUUUGAGUGGAUUACCGUGCCUAUGAACAGAUACAUUUUCGUUCAGUUCUAGUUCAAAUGAGUUCAAAGUAGUGACAAUAAAAGGA